AUGUCGGAUACACACCCCAACGAACUACACGCACCUUCAAGAUGCAGGCCGCUGAAGAGCGCAGACGAUCUGAUGAACUCAUGCUCCGAUUACGGUGCUCUGUACCUAUGGCUCACUGCUCUGAAUCAAGCUAAAAAUACCAGCUCCCAACACCAGGAGGCGCUAUACAAACUGCAGUCUCUCCUGUGUGGUCCGUCCCUGUCCGUGGGCUUCAUCGUGCCUCUUAUGGAGCGUCUGUCAGAGGAAUCCUUAUGGGGCUUCAGCCUGCACCUCCUCUGCACAACCAGAAGGGGGCAGUACGACAGCAGCAUUGAAAAGCUGCUGGACCGAUGUGCUCAGGCCAUCAUAGCCUACGCCAACCACCAGUUACAAGACAAACAUAUGGUCUGUACUGAGCAGUAGCCUGAACUGUGAAGUUUGUCACUAUUUCAC